CAGCGACCCAGCUUCUUACUGCUAAAAGCCAUAAUGCUCACAUAGGGUUUAUACUCUUCAACUGCCGCAGAUGGUAGUACAAUGGUGGGUGCGUGCAUAUGUUGCAUUUAAUUAUUUUGGACUCUUUUCACCCCUUUCUUUCUUCUGCAACUUUUCACCACCCUACGACACCACCGCUUUCCCCUCCGACUAUAGCCAGUAACUGGCAUCAUAGAAACCAACAAGUAUACUGGAAAACAUUGCAGCGUAAUUUUCUGUCAAACUACGUCGCGCCUUGGUGAGCCUUCUGUAUUAGUUAUUUUUAUCGCCGAGUAUAACUAACUCUCUGUAUGUUGCAGUCAAUAACACCGGAAAACAGAAACAAUAUAAUGCACAUCGAAUACAGCAGUAGCGAUCAACGAUUCGUCGAGCCAGAAUUAGGAGAAUGUUGGCUUAACGUGACAGGAGGACCCUACCGACCCACAUGGUUAAUUCGGACGUCAGACUGGAAAAAGGUUCCUGGGAACGAAGCGACGGACGGUUACUGCGCCCUGUCCUACUGCUGGGAACAAUCAGGCGAAAUCAUCAAGACAGACGGCAGUGAAUACGACUGCAACAACAGUGCUGGACACCGACUCAUACUAGCAGCAGCAACGACGACGACCGACUUGGGCGACAGUGCCAUCCGUAUUCAACAAGAUCCAACCCACAUCGUCGAGGUGAUUGACAGAAAUAGUGAUGACAAGAAAAAGAUCAUCAACCUCGUGACGUAUGACGGAAUUCUCAAGCAAAUCUGUCAAGAUUUUCAGAUCGCCUACCUUUGGUACGACAAGAUAUGUAUCAACCAAGGCAGCAAGGAAGAAAAGCUUCGUGAAAUCAAGCAGAUGCAUCUUAUUUACAGCAACGCACGCUAUACGGUCGCGCUUGUUCCCGAGAUCAACAUUUUAAAUCCAGCACUCUUUGAACGACCCGACAUGUACGCCAAAACCAAGGCGAGGAAAAAGACCCACGACAUCAUGUGGAGGUCGGAGUGGUCGAAACGCAGCUGGACAUUCGAAGAACUGAUGAUGUCCAAACGGAUCCUGGUCGUGGGUAGGAACGCGCAUGCUUGGCAUCAAGCCAAUACAGGCGACGAAGACGACGACGACGACAACAACGGCUCGUUAGCAUAUGCUGAUCCGUUGGUCCAAAUCCUCGACUUUAAAAACCGCAAGCUGAAGAGUGCCAAUCAGGUGCUGAAAUACGCACAGUUUCGGACAAGUGCAAAAGAACAUGACAAGGUCUUUGCUUUGGCGAAUAUCUUUCACGGGGUCGUUUCCAUCGACAUUGAUUAUAGCGGUGGAAUACAAGAGGUAGUGUACGACUUUUAUCGACGCAUCGGCGAACACGACCUCAGCGUAAUGUGUUUUGGUUCGGUGCGGAAUAAAAAUGGCAGUAUGCGGUUCAAGUCCAAGAUGGCUUUGUAUGACUUGCCUUCUUGGACUGGCGUGAACGGGUUACACACACAUGGCGCUGUCAGCAUCACUCACCUGUUGGCGGGCAAUCGCUUUGUGGAUGACUCUAUGCGUAUGCAUAUCAAGUGCAAGCACAUUCCUAUCUAUCCGAUUCAAUAUGUCGAUCAUCGUGACGCGUGUAUAUUCCGGUCGAUACCGGUUUUUGACAUGGAGAGACCUGAAGAAGAAGAAGAAGAAGAAGAAGAAGAAGAAGAAGAAGACACGGCAAGAGCCUCUACCUCAAUCGAAACCGUCGAGGAGAAUUACAGCCAUUUCCUUAGCGCCGAAAUGAUGACAACGAAUAAGAAGGCGGUCGAUGCAGAACCAAUAAGUUUCAUGGCAGUAGCCGGCUGCGGUGCCACCCAUUUCUGCAUGCUCGACGACACAUCCCCUGCCUUGCAGCUUUCAUUAACUGAGCACUGUAACGGAGAAGCUAUGAUCCUGCCCAUCCUGUUCGACAGUAAACGUCCUUUCUUCAAAGAGAAAACAAGUGAUGCUGGUGGUAGUAGCCAUGGCUGGAAAAUGGAAUACCGUCACUCUUACUUUCUGCCGGUCUUGAAGAAACGUGCUGGUCAUGCUGCUUACAAAGCCAUUGGCAUUGUUCUUUUCAAGCUGUACAUGCCUACAGAAGCACCUGAAGACCCAUUGAAGGUCUUGAAACAAGCAUUUGGUGACCAUCGCUGCGAAGAGCGCGAAUUUGUUAUUGAGUGAUACUUGAUAGCCCCAAUAGGUUCGCAUGUUGUUGUUCCGCAGUUGUUUAAAAAUCCUGCAUGCAUGUCAGGAUGAAACUGCGCAACAGAAAAAAUAAAUAAAGUGGAGCUGGCUAUAUUAUUUCCUUUCGGCUUUUCUUUU